AUGAGAACAGGAAGUGGAUCGCUUUCUCAUUCUCUGAUUCGAACGAUACGACCCACUGGUCACUUGCACACGUUUGAUUUUCAUGAAAAUCGAGUAAAUUUAGCGAGAGAUGAAUUUAAGGUUCAUGGAAUCAGCGAAUUUGUAACAGUGCAACAGAGAGAUGUUUGCGCUGAAGGAUUUGGGGAUGAGUUGAAGCACAAAGCGGACGCAAUUUUCUUGGAUUUGCCGCAUCCGUGGCUGACAAUCGACUCUGCUGUCAAUACUUUAAAAGAAUCGGGUGGAAAACUCUGUUCAUUUUCGCCCUGUAUCGAGCAAGUUCAAAGAACGUGUGAAAAAUUGACUUCUCACGGAUUCGUUGAAAUAAAAACUUACGAAAAUUUGCAAACAGAAUACCAAGUGCACUAUAAAAGUAUACCAAUUCUAGAUUUGGAAAGCUUGAUGAAGGAUGAGGAAACGAAUGGAGCAGAACCGCCCAAGAAAAAAGGAAAAUUCAAAAUCAAACAGGACGAAAACAAAAUUUUGACUGUCUCGGAACCGCGAACUACGCCAGGUCACACUGGUUACAUAACUAUUGCAACAUUACCUCCAGAAUUCGCAAGAAAUGUAUUCGACAGUUGACAAAUUCUGUAGAAUUUAUAAAAAUAAGGUUUACAAAUUUU